CUCUACACACACAGACCCGCUCUCUUCAUCUCUCUCUCCAAUUCCAAAAUCACAAUCUUCCUCUCUUUCUUCUUAGCAUUUCAAGUACUACAAAGUCUUCUUUACGUUACUUCUCUAGUCUAGAAUUAAACCUUUCCUCUCAUUCCCAUUUUGCUCACACAAAAUAGAGUAAAAGCAGACUACCCUGUUCUCCUGUUCUUCAAGAUUGUAUUUAACUGAUUACUUUAACAUAAUUUAGAGGUGACAAUGACUCAACAAAAUGUUGUAGUGUCCGAUCCCAAAUCCGGUAUUAAUUUGACAAUACCGGUGAAGGUAGCAGUAGCUGCCCAGAAGCCGCCACCGGCACCGGGCAGUUGCAUCACAAUAUCAAGAAAGACACUUGUUGAAAUCAAUGGCAAUAAAAUCAACUCUUGGGUUGAUUCAAUGAGAGCUUCCUCUCCUACACAUCACAAGUCAUCCACUCCUCCUCUUUCAGAUGACUUGACUUCUUGGAUGGUGCAACAUCCAUCAGCACUGGAUAUGUUUGAGCAGAUAAUAAGUGCUUCAAAGGGAAAGCAAAUUGUGAUGUUUUUAGACUAUGAUGGCACUCUUUCCCCUAUUGUUGAGGACCCUGAUCAAGCUUUCAUGUCUGAUGCUAUGAGAGCAACAGUGAGAAAGCUUGCUAGAUAUUUCCCUACUGCAAUAGUGAGUGGCAGGUGCAGAGAUAAGGUAUACAACUUUGUACGAUUGGCAGAGUUGUACUAUGCUGGAAGCCAUGGUAUGGAUAUAAAAGGGCCAUCAAAAGGUUCCAAAUACAAGAAAGGAGGUCAAGCUGUUCUGUUCCAAGCAGCAAGUGAAUUUAUCCCUAUGAUUGAUGAGGUUUACAAAGCACUUCAUGAUGCAACAAAGUCUAUAGAAGGAGUUAGAAUGGAGAAUAACAAAUUUUGUGCCUCUGUACAUUUCCGCUCUGUUGAUGAAAAGAAAUGGGGUGAGCUAGCACAAGUAGUAAGGUCAGUGCUUAAAGAAUAUCCAAAGCUUCGAUUAUCACAAGGGAGAAAAGUAUUUGAGAUUCGUCCAACUAUUAAAUGGGACAAAGGCAAAGCUCUUGAAUUCUUGCUUGAAUCCCUGGGAUAUGCUAACUGUACUGAUGUCUUUCCUGUAUAUAUUGGUGAUGAUCGAACCGAUGAAGAUGCUUUCAAGGUCCUAAGAGAAAGAGAUCAAGGUUUUGGCAUUCUUGUCUCCAAAAUUCCAAAAGACACACAUGCAUCUUAUUCUUUGCAAGAACCAUCUGAGGUUAUGGUGUUUCUACGACGUUUGGUAGAGUGGAAAAAGUUGACACUAAGAAGACAGUUUAGAAUUCGAAGACAAAUUGAGGAGAUAAAAGCAUCUCUACGGAACUAAGAAUUGUCCAAAGUGAAUAUGGACUUAAUGAUGCAUAUAAUGUAAUUUUCCUUUUUUAAAUAUAACAAAAGAAGUUGUAAAAGAAAAGGUGGAAAAGAGAAGCUUUUUUUAUCCUUUUCUCUUUGGCUUUAAGGCCUUGUACAUCUUUGUAACUAGCUCUGUACAAGGAUAAGUUGUAAUUUUCCAGACUUACCUAAAUGCAUAUAUUGGAAGUUCUCUCUCUA